UGACUGGUGUCUCUCAGUCUGUGUCUCUCAGAGGGAUAUCUGUCCACUGACUGGUGUCUCUGUCCCUGUCUCUCACGGGGAUAUCUGUCCACUGCCUGGUGUCUCUCAGUCCCUGUCUCUCAGUGGGAUAUCUGUCCACUGACUGGUGUCUCUCAGUCCCUGUCUCUCAGAGGGAUAUCUGUCCACUGACUGGUGUCUCUCAUUCUCUCUCGUUGGUAUUCUGUGUGUUUCAGUUUACACAAACUGUUUAUCGCUGAAAUUGAUGAAUCGAGCAGAGUGUGACAGAUAUUUAAUCCGGAUCUGGUCCCUGCCGCUGACCUGCCGCCUGUUGCAGAGACAAUCACCUUUUGGGGAAUUGAAAUCGCUGCUGUGGGCGGGGACAGGAAGCUGCGCCUCUGGUUUCAGUGUGUGAGAGCCUGUUCAAACCGCGGCUCCCUCUCUCACUCACAGCCCACGUCCCUAUUUAAACAGCGCUCACUGCGGCUCCGGACAAAGCCGGCCUGAGCUGAAGCCGCCGAUCUCAACAGUGUCCAAGUCCGGCUCAGUGUUCAGGGCGAUGGGGGUCGCUCCUUAUCUCUGUCUCCUCCUGUCUUGUCUGGCAGGCGUGCGGUCGGACGUCGUGCUGACACAGCCCAAGUCAGCGGUGGUAAAGCCCGGACAGUCUCACACACUGACCUGUGCGGUCAGAGGGUUCAGCCUCAGCAGCUAUCACAUGCACUGGGUGAAACAGGUCCCCGGGAAAGGGCUGGAAUGGCUGGCCGUAAUAUCGAGUGGUGGUAGCAAGUAUUACGCGCCUGGAGUCCAGAGCCGGUUCACCAUUUCCAAGGACAGCAGCACCGUCAAUCUGCAAAUGACCAGCCUGAGACUGGACGACACGGCCACCUAUUACUGUGCGAGAGGGUACUACUAUGGGUGGCACAGUACGGGGCACUGUGACUAUCUUGACUACUGGGGCGGAGGAACCUCGCUGACAGUGACUUCAGAGGUCAAGUCCACACCAUCAGUCUACAUCAUACCUUCCUGCAACAGAGAAUCUGACCAAGGCAUCAGGCUCCUCUGUCUGGUCAAGGACUAUCAGCCUGAGAGCAUCAGUCAGACAUGGUCCACUAACAGUGGGGACGUCACCACAGGAAUCAAGAAAUACCCGGCGGUGUUGGGGCAAAAUUCAAAGUACACGAUGAGCAGCUUGCUCGAAGUCUCUGCGGCGGACUGGAAGAAGAAUAAAGUCUACUACUGCAAGGCAGGGUACAAGCCAAACGAGAUUGAGACAGCGGAGUGGCGGAAACCUCAACCUCAACCUCCGAAGCUCAGCUCCCUUGUUCCAUCCCGGGAGGUGAUCCACAGUCAAGCAAAUGCUGUCCUGGGCUGUGUGAUAUCUGGAUUCUCGCCCGACAACGUUCAGGUAUCCUGGAAAAAAGCUGGAUCUGCCCAAGAAGGCAUCGUUCUCCCUUCCACUCGGAGAUCUGAUGGUACAUUUGAAACAAUCUCUUACCUGACAGUGCCUGUGCAGGAAUGGACCAAGAAACAGAAAUAUACUUGUGAAGUGAAUCACGCACCUUCCCGUUUCAGUGGUCAGGUCAACAUGACGUAUCAAGAGGAAUUGUCUGUCUUUAUUCAAAAUCCUGACAUUGAAGAGAUGUGGAUCGACAAGACUGCUACCGUGAAGUGCACAGUUAUCUGUGCAGAUCCCGAAGAUAUCGACAUCUCUUGGCAAGUGGGCGGGAAGGAGAAAACUACAGGAAUUGUCGAACAACAACCGCAGGCGGAAGGGUCCCAAUACAGAGUGCUCAGCGAACUCCAGAUCAGUGUGGAGGAGUGGUUCAGUGGGGUGGAGUACGAGUGCUCUGCUCAGGGAUCUCCUUCAUCUUCCCGAGUGUCAGCACGGACCAAUAGUACCAAAGUCGAGAUAAAAAGCCCCAAGGUCAGACUGCUGCCUCCACCUCAGGAAGAGACCAAGAAAAGGAAAAUGGCCACACUGGAGUGUGUGGUCUCUGGGUUCUACCCGGACCAAAUAAAUGUCAUCUGGGAGAAACACAACACCGUGAUCACCUCCAACACCAGCGCUACACCGACCGCUCUGGAGCAGGGGUGGACUUUCAGUACCAGACACUUCCUGACCUUGAGUUUAGAGGAGUGGAAGACAGAAUCAGUCUUCAGCUGUACCGUGAUUCAUCGACCCUCCAACACCCGUAUCAAGAAGCAAGUGAAGAACGUUCAAGAAUUGUCUGUCUUUAUUCAAAAUCCCGACAUUGAAGAGAUAUGGAUCGACAAGACUGCUACCGUGAAGUGCACGGUUCUCUGUGCAGAUCCCGAAGAUAUCCACAUCUCUUGGCACGUGGGCGGGAAGGAGAAAACUACAGGAAUUGUCGAACAACAACCGCAGGCGGACGGGUCCCGAUACAGAGUGCUCAGCGAACUCCAGAUCAGCGUGGAGGAGUGGUUCAGUGGGGUAGAGUAUGAGUGCUCUGCUCAGGGAUCUCCUUCAUCUUCUCGAGUGUCAGCACGGACCAAUAGUACCAAAGUCGAGAUAAAAAGUCCCAAGGUCAGAGUGCUGCCUCCACCUCAGGAAGAGACCAAGAAAAGGAAAACGGCCACACUGGAGUGUGUGGUCUCCGGAUUCUACCCAGACCAAAUAAAUGUCAUCUGGGAGAAAGACAACACCGUGAUCACCUCCAACACCAGCGCUACACCGACCACUCUGGAGCAGGGGUGGACUUUCAGUGCCAGACACUUCCUGACCGUGAGUUUACAGGAGUGGAAGACAGAAUCAGUCUUCAGCUGUACCGUGAUUCAUCGUCCCUCCAACACCCGUAUCAAGAAGCAAGUGAAGAACGACCAAGAAUUGUCAGUCUUUAUUCAAAAUCCUGUCAUUGAAGAGUUGUGGAUCGACAAGACUGCUACCGUGAAGUGCACGGUUCUCUGUACAGAUCCGGAAUACAUCCACAUAUCUUGGCACGUGGGCGGGAAGGAGAAAACGACAGGAAUUGUCGAACAACAACCACAGGCGGAUGGGUCCCGAUACAGAGUGCUCAGCGAACUCCAGAUCAGUGUGGAGGAGUGGUUCAGUGGGGUGGAGUACGAGUGCUCUGCUCAGGGAUCUCCUUCAUCUUCCCGAGUGUCAGCACGGACCAAUAGUACCAAAGUCGAGAUAAAAAGUCCCCAGCUCAGACUGCUGCUUCCAUCACAGGAAGAGACCAAGAAAAGGAAAACGGCCACACUGGAGUGUGUGGUCUCCGGUUUCUACCCAGACCAAAUAAAUGUCAUCUGGGAGAAAGACAGCACCGUGAUCACCUCCAACACCAGAGCUACACCGACCACUCUGGAGCAGGGGUGGACUUUCAGUGCCAGACACUUCCUGACCGUGAGUUUACAGGAGUGGAAGACAGAAUCAGUCUUCAGCUGUACCGUGAUUCAUCCCCCCUCCAACACCCGUAUCAAGAAGCAAGUGAAGAACGUCCAAGAAUUGUCUGUCUUUAUUCAAAAUCCCGACAUUGAAGAGAUAUGGAUUGACAAGACUGCUACCGUGAAGUGCACGGUUCUCUGUACAGAUCCCGAAGAUAUCCACAUCUCUUGGCACGUGGGCGGGAAGGAGAAAACUACAGGAAUUGUCGAACAACAACCACAGGCGGAUGGGUCCCGAUACAGAGUGCUCAGCGAACUCCAGAUCAGUGUGGAGGAGUGGUUCAGUGGGGUGGAGUACGAGUGCUCUGCUCAGGGAUCUCCUUCAUCUUCCCGAGUGUCAGCACGGACCAAUAGUACCAAAGUCGAGAUAAAAAGUCCCAAGGUCAGACUGCUGCCUCCAUCACAGGAAGAGACCAAGAAUAAGAAAACGGCCACACUGGAGUGUGUGGUCUCCGGAUUCUACCCGGACCAAAUAAAUGUCAUCUGGGAGAAACACAACACCGUGAUCACCUUCAACACCACUGCUACACCGACUGCUCUGGAGCAGGGGUGGACUUUCAGUGCCAGACACUUCCUGACCGUGAGUUUACAGGAGUGGAAGACAGAAUCAGUCUUCAGCUGUACCGUGAUUCAUCGACCCUCCAACACCCGUAUCAAGAAGCAAGUGAAGAACGUCCAAGAAUUGUCCGUCUUUAUUCAAAAUCCCGACAUUGAAGAGAUGUGGAUCGACAAGACUGCUACCGUGAAGUGCACGGUUCUCUGUACAGAUCCCGAAGAUAUCCACAUCUCUUGGCACGUGGGUGGGAAGGAGAAAACUAAAGGAAUUCACACCCAUCAAGCAGAGAGGGACGGAUCCCGAUACAGAGUGCUCAGUGAACUCCAGAUCAGUGUGGAGGAGUGGUUCAGUGGGGUAGAGUACGAGUGCUCUGCUCAGGGAUCUCCUUCAUCUUCCCGAGUGUCAGCAUGGACCAAUAGUACCAAAGUCGAGAUAAAAAGUCCCAAGGUCAGACUGCUGCCUCCACCUCAGGAAGAGACCAAGAAAAGGAAAACGGCCACACUGGAGUGUGUGGUCUCUGGGUUCUACCCGGACCAAAUAAAUGUCAUCUGGGAGAAAGGCAGCACCGUGAUCAUCUCCAACACCACUGCUACACCGAUCACUCUGGAGCAGGGGUGGACAUUCAGUGCCAGACACUUCCUGACCGUGAGUUUACAGGAGUGGAAGACAGAAUCAGUCUUCAGCUGUACCGUGAUUCAUCCCCCCUCCAACACCCGUAUCAAGAAGCAAGUGAAGAACGUCCAAGAAUUGUCUGUCUUUAUUCAAAAUCCUGACAUUGAAGAGAUGUGGAUCGACAAGACUGCUACCGUGAAGUGCACGGUUCUCUGUACAGAUCCCGAAGAUAUCGACAUCUCUUGGCAAGUGGGCGGGAAGGAGAAAACUACAGGAAUUGUCGAACAACAACCGCAGGCGGAAGGGUCCCAAUACAGAGUGCUCAGUGAACUCCAGAUCAGUGUGGAGGAGUGGUUCAGUGGGGUGGAGUACGAGUGCUCUGCUCAGGGAUCUCCCUCAUCUUCCCGAGUGUCAGCACGGACCAAUAGUACCAAAGUCGAGAUAAAAAGCCCCAAGGUCAGACUGCUGCCUCCACCUCAGGAAGAGACCAAGAAAAGGAAAAUGGCCACACUGGAGUGUGUGGUCUCCGGAUUCUACCCGGACCAAAUAAAUGUUAUCUGGGAGAAAGACAGCACCGUGAUCAACACCAACACCAGCGCUACACCGACCUCUCUGGAGCAGGGGUGGACUUUCAGUACCAGACACUUCCUGACCGUGAGUUUACAGGAGUGGAAGGCAGAAUCAGUCUUCAGCUGUACCGUGAUUCAUCGUCCCUCCAACACCCGUAUCAAGAAGCAAGUGAAGAACGUCCAAGAAUUGUCUGUCUUUAUUCAAAAUCCCGACAUUGAAGAGAUGUGGAUCGACAAGACUGCUACCGUGAAGUGCACGGUUCUCUGUGCAGAUCCCGAAGAUAUCCACAUCUCUUGGCACGUGGGCGGGAAGGAGAAAACUACAGGAAUUGUCGAACAACAACCACAGGCGGAUGGGUCCCGAUACAGAGUGCUCAGCGAACUCCAGAUCAGUGUGGAGGAGUGGUUCAGUGGGGUGGAGUACGAGUGCUCUGCUCAGGGAUCUCCCUCAUCUUCCCGAGUGUCAGCACGGACCAAUAGUACCAAAGUCGAGAUAAAAAGUCCCAAGGUCAGACUGCUGCCUCCAUCACAGGAAGAGACCAAGAAUAAGAAAACGGCCACACUGGAGUGUGUGGUCUCAGGAUUCUACCCGAACCAAAUAAAUGUCAUCUGGGAGAAACACAACACCGUGAUCACCUUCAACACCACUGCUACACCGACCGCUCUGGAGCAGGGGUGGACUUUCAGUGCCAGACACUUCCUGACCGUGAGUUUACAGGAGUGGAAGACAGAAUCAGUCUUCAGCUGUACCGUGAUUCAUCCCCCCUCCAACACCCGUAUCAAGAAGCAAGUGAAGAACGUCCAAGAAUUGUCAGUCUUUAUUCAAAAUCCCGACAUUGAAGAGAUGUGGAUCGACAAGACUGCUACCAUGAAGUGCACGGUUCUCUGUACAGAUCCCGAAGAUAUCCACAUCUCUUGGCACGUGGGUAGGAAGGAGAAAACUAAAGGAAUUCACACCCAUCAAGCAGAGAGGGACGGAUCCCGAUACAGAGUGCUCAGCGAACUCCAGAUCAGUGUGGAGGAGUGGUUCAGUGGGAUAGAGUACAAGUGCUCUGCUCAGGGAUCUCCUUCAUCUUCCCGAGUGUCAGCACGGACCAAUAGUACCAAAGUCGAGAUAAAAAGUCCCAAGGUCAGACUGCUGCCUCCACCUCAGGAAGAGACCAAGAAAAGGAAAACGGCCACACUGGAGUGUGUGGUCUCUGGGUUCUACCCGGACCAAAUAAAUGUCAUCUGGGAGAAAGGCAGCACCGUGAUCAUCUCCAACACCACUGCUACACCGACCACUCUGGAGCAGGGGUGGACAUUCAGUGCCAGACACUUCCUGACCGUGAGUUUACAGGAGUGGAAGACAGAAUCAGUCUUCAGCUGUACCGUGAUUCAUCCCCCCUCCAACACCCGUAUCAAGAAGCAAGUGAAGAACGUCCAAGAUGACUGUUCAGAUACCCACCCCUCAGUCACUUUAAGCAAACCUUCCUUUGAAGAGAUCUGGACAAAGAGGACGGCGACCAUUCUGUGUGAGGUGGUUCACAGUGAUUUACUGGGAUUCAGUGUAACCUGGCAGGUGGAUGGAAGGAAGAAGGAAGAUGGGGUGAGGACUCUGGGUCCAGACAGCAAUGGAGGUGAAGACAAGAUCACCAGCAGACUGACAGUCCCUGCUGCAGACUGGAACAAUGGGGCUGAGUACUCGUGUGUGAUAGAAGACAAGAGUUUGCCAACACCGGUGAAGAAAUCCAUCAGGAAGAACACAGGUGGUGUUGUGACUCGUCCUCAGGUCUACCUCCUCCCACCUUCAUCGGAUGAGGUAGACACCGAUCAGACUGGGACCUUGAUGUGCCUGGUCACCAAGUUCUCUCCCGCAGACAUCUAUGUGGCCUGGAUGGCCAAUGACACCCUUCUGAAGACAGGGUUUGUGAACCAGCCGGUGACCACGGACCCCAGAAAAGGCUGGAACACAAUGACCAGUCAGCUGAAGGUUUCUCCUGAGGAGUGGAAGAGCGGCACCACUUUCUCCUGUGUGGUGGGUCAUGAGUCGCUCACAACCAACCUGUUCCGAAGCAUCAAUAAAUCUCACAGCAAACCCACCCUGGUCAACGUCUCACUUGUUCUGACUGAUAGUUUUAAAUCUUGUGUGUAACACUGUGUGAUUCAAUCCAUGAAACCCUAGUUUUGUUAGUUUUAUGAUUAUUAGUUAUCAGAGAGGAUUAUUUAGCUGUUUAAAACAUGAUAAAAAGCUGGACCUUUUAAAAUAAUUAAAAAUGAAAUUAAGAUCUAGAACCAAAUUAAACAAUAAACAUGAUUCAGCCCAAAUCUCUGAAUUUGUGUGUACAUUCUCAGACCUUCUUCUGCCAUGCUUGAAUGGAUUUCAACCCUGUGUGGGAUGGCACAAUGUAUUAAAUCUUUGUAUCUGUCAAUGUACCGAUCCAAGUUCAAUAAAUAUGACAUAAGUAUGUCUUGGUUGUGAUUUUUGGUGAUGGAAAAUAAGGAACUUUCAACAUGAGGUGGGGUGGGUGACGCACACUCAGGGAGAAAUAGUAAUCUUUGUAUCUAUGGUGUCUAAACCCUUCCUGCAUCUGGAAUCCCAACAAUCAGCUGUCAACAAAUGGUCAGAGAAAUUUGAACCUACGGCCAUCUGACAAAGAGUUGAGAGUGCCAACCACUGACCAGACAAUAUAUUUGUGUCAAAGAUGUCAGAUCACUGUUUGAGGACUCCUUGUCCCCACUAACUUGGCUGCUCCUCAUCUCGUGCCUGUGUGUCACUAACUGAAUGAAACGUAUCAUUGUUGGGAACUGUUGUGUUGUAAUGGCGCAGUAAAACAUCUGUCUGUCAGGGCAGACGGUUUACAUCUGUACCGGAGGGGGACUAAUAUCCUGGUGGGAAGGUUUGCUAAUGCUGCAUCGUGAGGGUGGGGACGGGUUCAACUAGAGUUGCAGGGGAUGAGAACCAAGGUGUCAGGACAGA